UUUUCCAACAUGGUUCUUGAACCGGAUUGGAUAAACUCUCAGAAAUGUCAAAUAAGUAGGGGGCGUACUUUUAACACACCAGGAGUGUCUUAAUGUGACCCAGGGAGUCAAAUAAACGUACCAGAAUGUCCAAAAAGUGAAUUUUGCAUGUGCAUGGACCUUUAACGGAAAAGCUGAAUAUUUAAACACCUGAUAUUCAAACACUCACAAGUCGAAAACUAUAAAAGAUACAAGGACGCUGAUUUACACAGAGAAAGAUAAAAGAGGAUAGAUGCUUUUGAAGUUGAAAUUACAUUUCUACGCCAAAGCAUGGCGAUAAUAAACGCUGAUGAAAAGAGGAAAGAUGAUGAAAAGUUGAACGAUGAUUCCCAUAGACGACCAUUAUAAAAAAAACGAUUAAAAAAGUUGAAUAACGCUAAAAGUUGAAAACCUGAAAAAAUUAAUAGCCGUAACCUCCUAAAGACGCAGAAGCACAUUUAGAGAGUUGAACAAUGGUUCUAUGACAAAGCGUUGAGAAGAAGAAAGCGACCAAAAAAGCGGAGAAAUAAGAAGUAGAAAAAUAACCAGAAAAGGCAUUUUCAUAAAAGAAAUACACAGUGAAUGCUUCCAUGCUGAAUGUAUUGCUGGGGAAUUGCUGAAAGUAGCUUAAGCACUGAAAACUGCUGGAAGCGGUUGAGAAAUUUAAUGCACAUGCUUAGGUGCAUAUAUCUAAAAAUCUAUUUUGCAUAUUCUUAAUAAUUUCAUGCAAAACAUGAUUUCACGGCUGCCUUAGCCAGGACUUGAACCAGAGGCUACAAAGUCAAAGUCAAACACUUAACCACUGAGCCACAAUAACUGCUGACAAUACAACUGUAAGCAGCACUAUACAUUGUAUUUGAAAAACUACUAAACUGAAUGUUUUGCUGAAUGAUUGCUGAAAGUAGCUGAAACAUUGAAAACAUAGUUUGAAAUAGCUGAAAAGUUGAAUGCAUAGAUAAAUAUAUCUAACGAUUAUUUUUUUUUUAAAAAGAGCUGUAUGUUCACAAAGGAAACAAAAAUGGUUGAAUUUAAGUUAAACAAGUUAAGUUUAGUUAAUAUUUGCUUCUAAUGUUUUACAACGGUUACAUUAGAGCUUUAUGUUCCUGUAAACAACUUAGUUUUACAUAUUGCUGUAACCCUAAUUGGGAAUUGAACCUGAAACCUUAGGCUUCAGAAUCAAGGACUUUAUCCACCUUAUGAGCCAAAGGAGCUACUUCCAUAGUUUUAAAUGGUUACAUUACACAUCCUAGUGUCAAUGGUAAAAAUCCAGUUUGUUUUAAUAGAGAGAAGAAAAAGCUUCAUAUUUCCAAAAGUAUAAAACAUAUGACUAAAAAAACUAAUAGCACACUUCUCCUUGAAAAGCUGAACAUGAUAUUUAAACGGUUUCUGUAGCUCAAAGCGUGUAGAAGGAGUUAGGUGUUGACGUUUGUAGAAAGGAAAUAUCAAUGCUAAGACUAGAUAAAGCAUUUCCAUAAGAAAAUGCACAGUGAAUCCUUCCAUGCUAAAUGUAUUGCUGAAGAAUUGCUGAAAAUAGCUGAAACAUUGAAAACAUAUCUGAAAGUAGCUUGAGAUAGAUAAAUGUAUCUGAACAGAACUGGGUGUUGAAUAUUUUCUAAAGAAGCUGAAACAGUUGAAUUUCAAAUUAAGGAAAGUUCAAAGAGAUUAAAGAAAGAGCUAAAAUGAACGAAGUAUGUAAAGAAUUGCUGAAUUUGAUUAAAUAUAGCUGAAUGUAUUAAACCAGGUAAAUAGAGUCCAAGAGCUGAAAGAAUAGUUGAAGGUUGUGAAAACAUUUAAAACAGCUGAGUAGCUGCAGAGGAAGCAGCUGAACUUUAAAUUUGGAAAAGUUGGAGCAUUUUAUGAAGCAUGUGCAAGGAAUUGCUAAACAGUAAUUUAGUCUAAUUAACGAAUCAUAAUUAACCAGUCAAAAGCAGAAAAUGUGCUAUUUUGUCUAAACCGUAAAAUAGUGAUAUAAUAAAGUCAUAAUAAACCGGUUGAAAGCAGAAAUAUUACUAUAUAAAGCUGAAGAUCUGAAUUUGUCCUUUUAUUUUGUAAAGUGUGUGUGGUUAAUUGCUAAAGUGUAAAACAGUGUGAAUGACUAGUCACAGACGACCCUUUUAUAAUAUAUCUGAAGGUUGCUGAUAAAUUAAGUAUUUAACUCAAUUUAUCUGAAGGAAAUCAGUGUACUUAUAUUAAAAACUGAAUGCAUAAACAUGCCUUAUUAUACUGUAAAACUACCUGAUGAGUUGAAUGUAUAGCUGAUCAGAUCUGCAAAGAAGUUGUAGAGCUGAAAGUGCACAAAUAAAACAAAUCAGUAUGAUUUCAAUAAACUACAGUGUGGUAAAUCCUUCUUCUCAUUCAUGUUGAAAGACUUGUUCCAGUCGGGUUUCGAACCAGAAAGUCCUGCAAGAGAGUCAUGCUCUUUUGCAACGGAGCAACACUAGCUACUUAAAUCACUGCUCAGAGGAGCUGUAUACAUUCUACUCGAAAAAAUGAAACUUUCUAAAAGUUCUUCAUCUAUAAUAUAGAUUACUAAUAUAGUAAUACAUUAAGCAUAUAAAUCAAUUUAUGUGGUAAAUACAAAUAUUUAUAUAUUAAUGCGAUAGCAUAAACAUGACUCAGACAGUAUUCAAACCCAGACUGCCCACUCCAGAGUCAAGAACUUAAACCAUUGUGCUACAGGAUACAAUAAGCAGAAGACGACGUAGCUGAAGAGCUUCCUCCAGAUGGAAAAAAAAUGCUUAGUCAUUUUAACAUGUUUAUUUUAUCAAACAAAGACUUGAAUGUUGCAACAGUCUCAAAGGUGUAAACCUAAGCAAAUGAGAAUAUUAUAAUACAAAACAAAGCCAAAUGUGCAUCAAUCAUUUUUUUUCUGUAUAAGGAAAAGGUCCUGCCCUGCGAUGGACUGGCGACCCGUCCAGGGCGUACCCUGCCUCUCGCCCAUAGUCAGCUGGGUUAGGCUCCAGCACCCCCGUGACCCAGCAUUAGGGAAUAAGCGGUUUAGAAAAUGGAUGGAUGGAUGGAUGGAUGGAAAAGGUCCAAGUUGACAAGUGUUCUGUGAAUUAAAAAAAUAAUGAAUAAAACAUUGACAAGGUUGACUUACUUCAAAAUAUUGUAAUUAAACAUAAUUUUGUGCAUCUUGUUCAUUUAUGGUUGUAAUGGUUUUUGUUCUUUUUUGUGUGGUACACCAUGAGUGAGGGGAUUGUGUGUGGGAGUGGCCAUCAACAAGCAGUGAUUUGUUGUGUGUGUGAAAAAUAAAUGGGAUUUGCCUUUUACUCAGGGAGUACCCUGAGAAAGGCUAUUUCUCUUGUCUGUUUACCUGCACAGACUAAUCUGAGGUUCUGCAGUUGAAUAAGCCAAUUAUAUUUGUACCUAUAGUUAAGCAUAGGAAUUAACUGGACAGUCAGUCACAUGACCUUACUUAACUCUUGUUCCAAUCAGUCCAGAAAGACAGUUUCAGUCCUAAAUGUUGCUACAAUGUAGGAAAUGCAAAUUUAUGUGAAUAUUUAAACACAAAAUCACGCAUCAAUUAUUAUUUUACUGUAUAAGGAAAAGGAGGAAGCUGAACGGAAGAACUAUAAUAAAGAUUACUUAGAUUAUUAAGAUUAUUAAAGAACAACUAAACAGUAAAUGUUUCCAGCAUUCACUGUGAUUAUGUUGUUAACCUUUAUGGAAAACAGAUGAAUUACAACUUUAACGUGAGGGAUGGAUGAACUCACAGGACUUAGGCAUUAUUUGGUUGUUAAAUUUUGACUCCAGAUACCAGCGCACACAUUCUGAGGUCUUAUCAUUUCCCCGCAAACAUCAUAAACUGUAAAGAAUGCAUUAAAUGAAAGACUCAGGAGCGUUAGUAUCUGUGGUUACUAACAACUCCAUACACUUUAUAUUAAAGAGCACAGAUUUGCAUGCGUUGUCUGAUUUAUUUAACAUAUCUAAAGAUGGCUAUAUAAUCGGAAUUAACAUAAAUAUAAAAAGUGGGACUUCCUGCGCUAUUAUUUGUAUUAUACUGUACAGUAUGUCGCUAAACGUGAUACUUCCUGUUUCUCACAGUAGUAGUUUACAUCGAGGUUUGCGCGUUGCAUUGUGGGGAUACAAACACCGCAGAAAACAGAGAGCACAAAGGCAUGACAACACCACCUCGAGUACUACAACAACAGCCUGCUGUGAUGUGAAUUGGCGUGAGCAUUUUUUAUGCUGGUGCGUUCCCUGUACAGAGUCAAGGACUGACUCCAAAAUGGGGCUCAAAACCUUCACCCACAGCUCGACGUCCCACAGCCAGGAGAUGCUGGACAAGUUAAAUGCUUUACGCAAUGAGGGUCACUUAUGUGACGUCACCAUCCGGGUCCAAGACAAGCUCUUCCUGGCUCACAAAGUGGUCCUGGCAUGCUGUAGUGAAUUCUUCCGAUCUAAACUGGUGGGUCGGUCAGAGGAGGAGGACAAGUUCGUGUUGGACCUUCAUCAUGUGACUGUUAGUGGCUUUGCUCCUCUGUUGGAAUAUGCCUAUACAUCUACUCUCUCUGUCAGCACGGAGAACAUCAUUGAUGUUCUGGCAGCUGCAAGUUACAUGCAGAUGUUUGCUGUGGCAAGCACUUGUUCAGAGUUCAUGAAGUCAAGUAUUCUGUGGAGCCCGGGUAACAGCAACAACAACAAUAUUACGACAGAUAAACCACACGAAGCAACACAAGAGAGCACUUCAUCAAACUGUGCCCUGACUCCAUUAGAUGGAAGUGUUUCACCUGUGUCAUCAGACUGCAGUGUGAUGGAGAGAAAUGUUCCUAUUUGUCGUGAGUCACGCCGGAAACGCAAGAACUUUGUAUCAAUGGCCUCACCUGAGAGUCCGCUAAAAUGCACUACACAGAUGGUUACCACCUCCCCUCAGAUUCCAAACCCUUCCCCUUUAUUUUCAGACAGCACAGCCCAGCCUGUGGAAUCUUCACUGGCAUUUCCAUGGACUUUCCCUUUUGGUAUUGAUCGUAGGUUCCACUCUGACAAAUCAAAACUUCCAGAGAGUCCCCGUUGUUUAGAACAGGGUGCCGCAGGGUCAUCAGAAGCGGUGGUUAGUCGACGACUCAGUGACUACCUUACUUGUGAGAGCUCCAAAGUAGUGUCAUCACCAGUACCUGCAGAGGAGGAAGACGUGAGGGUGAAAGUAGAACGUCUCAGUGACGAAGAAGUCCAAGAGGCGUCUUCUCAACCAGUUAGUGCUUCCCAGAGUUCACUAAGUGACCAGCAGACGGUGCCGGGGAGUGAACAGGUUCAGGAGGAGCUUCUUAUUAGUCCACAAUCCUCCUCUAUAGGAUCAAUGGAUGAGGGAGUGUCCGAGGGCUUACCAUCAAUGCAAAGCACCUCUAAUGCUGGAGGGCACGCAGAAGAUGACGAAAGGUUGGAAGGUAUUCAGUAUCCAUACCAUCUCUAUAUCAGUCCUUCCACUCGGCCUGGUGGCAAUGGUCCCGACCGACCCUUUCAGUGCCCAACCUGUGGCGUUCGAUUUACUCGGAUUCAAAAUUUGAAGCAGCACAUGCUCAUACACUCUGGUAUUAAGCCUUUCCAGUGUGACCGCUGUGGGAAAAAGUUCACAAGGGCCUACUCCCUAAAGAUGCAUCGGCUGAAGCACGAAGGUAAACGCUGUUUCCGGUGCCAGAUUUGUAGCGCCACAUUCACGUCCUUCGGUGAAUAUAAGCACCAUAUGAGGGUCUCCCGACACAUAAUCCGCAAGCCGCGGAUUUACGAGUGCAAAACGUGCGGCGCCAUGUUCACCAACUCUGGCAAUUUAAUUGUACACCUGAGGAGUCUGAACCAUGAGGCAUCCGAACUAGCAAACUACUUCCAGAGCAGUGAUUUCCUCGUGCCCGACUACUUGAGCCAGGUACAGGAAGAGGAGGAGGCACUGGGAGUUCAGUAUGGGCUAGUGGAAUCCCAACAUCACCCUGUGUACCCCAUCAGCACCUCCACCACCACUGCCACCCUAUCCUCUUCCUCUGUCCAAAUGUCUGUCAUCUCCCAAGUGUCAUCCUCCACCCAGAAUUUUGAAAGUUCCUCCGGUUUCCUUUCAACCGAGUCCCUGGAUCCCCUGGAAACUCCAGCUUCUCUCAAGAUGGAUUCUGUUGAAACAGCAACUAUAACAGAGGAGGUCAAGUUGGAGAAUGGUGUACGAGACAGUUCACCAGAGGUGUCUGAAGAGGAGCAGCAGCAACAAAAUGCCCAGGACAGGGAUCUGGCUUCUAUCACCAUAUAAUGAUUCAAGGAUUCUGUCUGCCCAUGGCGUCUUAUUGUGCAGUUAUGUCAUAUGGAAAUAUCUGUUGGAACAUGAUGUCAAUUAUUGGUGUUAGCAUUGCACAGUGGAUGACAGCCACUAACCAGAAGAGGAACCACCACCCAUAACCCCCUCGUUAUUUUCUUUACCAUUCUGUAAAAAUGAAAUCCCAGGUCGUAGGAACACCUAUAUCACUAAACUUUAGAUCACACUUACAGUACCGUUCAAAAGUUCGGGGUCUCUUAGAAACCUCUUUUUUUUACAGAAAGGCAACAAUUCAGAAAUACACUGUUUACAUCACUAAUGUGGUAAAUGUCAUAUUCUUUGCUGCAAUAUUUACUUGUUUAGGUGUAUAGAGACCCAUUUCCAGCAACUGUCACUGCAGUGUAGUAAUGGUCCAAUGUGUCUGCUCACUGCGUCAGAAGGCCCAGAUUACCUCAACGAAUUAACAUCCAGAAUGCCAAAGGCCUGCAAUACUGUAAUUGCUGCAAAUGGAGGAUUCUUUGACAAGAGCAAAGUUUGAGUAUUAAAGAAAAUUAUUAUUUCAAACACAAAUCAUUAUUUUUAACAUUUUCAAUGAGACUAUAUUUUCCAUUCAUUUUACCACUCAUGCUGGUAAAUAAAAGUGACUUUUAAUGAAAAAACACAAAAUUUUCUGGGUAACCCCAAACUUUUGAACGGUAGUGUACACUCCAACCAGAUACCAAGAUAUCAAGAAAUCACUUAGAGACUAUGUUGCCUUGAGUACGUCCAUUGCACGCAAUACAGAUACACUACCAGUGUUUGUACAGUAGACAUACCACCUCUUUCUUUUAUCUAUCUACUAUUAUCAAAAUUCUAACUGAAGAAACAAAAACUUUGAAUAAAGAAAAUAGUUUUUAAUUAUUUAAAACAUACCUUAUAUGUUGGAUAACAUAUUUGGUUUAAUGCUUGACAUUCUCUUCAUAAGGUAGUCACCUGAAAUGGUUUUGACUCCACAGGUGCCUUUUCAGGGUUAGUUUGUAAAUUUCUUUUGCCUUAAUAGGGUCACAAAAAAAGGAAAACCAUUUAAAUGAGAAGACUUGUCCAAAUGUUUGACUAGUAGUGUACAUUUACCUAAGAUUCCAUUCCAAUCCAGCAAAAAUAUCAUUUAUAUUUUUCUCUUUUUUUGCACAUCAAUCCCAAAUGUUGGAAAUGGCAGACCAUAAAACCUGUGUUCAGUACAUGCCUUAACGUAAAUUUCAGAUUAUUAAUCAUCACUUGAAAGACAUGUGAAGUGUUUUUAAGAGUAAUACUAGGGAGGCCUAUUUUCCCAUAUGGCAUAAAUACAGCAUAAGUUACUUUCUGUUUUUGCCAAAUUGAGCUCUGUAAAAUCCAGCCAUUGCCCUGCUAUUGGAAAGUGCCUAAAAGUUCCAAUUAGGAGACAUACAGUUUGGUAAAAAAAAAAAAAAAAAAAGUGGUCUUGAUUUUCCAAAACUGUGACAAAUCAUGACUCUAAACUAAGCUAUCUAAAAGAAAUCUCUUAUUCCGUUUGUACUAAUAAUGCUCAUUUGUGUGGGCAGAGACUGUGUUAUUCCUUCAGUGCCAUUGCUAUAGGCAAACUAUUAAAUGUCAAUAUUAUCUAUAUUGAAAUAGCUUAUACUGUAGUUUUACUAUUUGAAUGCUGUGUAUGUUGGGUGUAGUUAAGUAAAGUGUGCAUAUGUGCAUUCUUUUUUAACCUCAACACAGUAUGUUUGAAUUUUUUUGGUUUAAAACUUAAAAUUAUUUUAGGAAUAUCCCCCUAAGAUGCAAAGUAUAGAGUUUUCUACUGUUAAUCUAUCUCUAAUUAAUCACUAAUGUUAGAUACAAUGUAGGAAUUUUGAAAAAGAAAAAUCGAAUUCAAAUUAUUCUCUAUCUACAGGGAAUAACCCAUUAAGUCCCUUUAAGACAUUAAGCAAAUGCCAGAGAUUCUCCAUUAUUAAGCUUGGUGUCAUUAGCACGGAAAACAGAAUAUGUUUUUUUGGUUUUCGUGUGGUCUUACUAAGGCAUGCUUGCAGAGUUUGAGGAAUAGAGGAUCUGCAGCAGUUCAAUGGAUUUGUCAUUUGCUGCCCUUUUUAGUUAAAAUAAGAUGGACAUAAAUGGAAAAUAAAUCCUCUUCAUAGUGGCUGAUGAGCACAGAAUGUUGAUUUUGUGGCUUAUAUUGCAUCUAUUAACCUAAAGUUUGGGAUUUAUUCAAUUGAAUGAAUGACAUUAAAGCGUUAAUGGUAGAAAGUGCUGUCUUCUCUUUUAUUUUGAUCUGUCUAUUGUGAGCCAUAGAUUUUUUUAAUUUGUGACCAUUUUCAAAUCUACUUUUAUAUUACUAACUUUAUAUUAUGAGUAUUGUUACAGUUGUUGCAUUUACAGUAUAACAAUGAGUCUGGUCUGUUUUAAUUUUGAUUAUUAGAGAAGGUAUUGAGGAAAGGGUGAAAGUAGUAAUUUAAAUCAGAGUUGACAUAAGAUACCAACAAAAUGUUGUUGAAAGUUCAAAUUGAUAUUUCACAUUUUUAUAUAAAACUGAGUGAGUGCACUAUUAUUUAGUGUUGAAUGAUGAAUAAGAACCCUUCUGUAUUUGGGGAAGGAAGUAUUCUCCCCCUAAAUGACUAAAAUUGAGGUCUGCUCUCGGAGAAUCAAGAGCAGACUGAUAACCAACAGAUAAUGUUGGUUAUCUGUGAUGACCAGUGUUCAGUUAGGCUACAUAUUAUAAUGUGGUAACCUUUCUCCAGAAUGCAUGAAUGCAAGUAAUAUAAUAUCUGAAUCAUUUUAAAUAUUUUGUGGCAAGAGAUUAUCCUUCACUUUAGACCGAUGAAAGUUUGGCAGCUUAUUAUUUUUUUAUUUUGACCUUUGCAUCAAGUCCUGUUACAUGUCAAUGUGUUUGUAAAUCUGUACUUAGACAUUGUUGUACAUGUAAGAUAAUGAAGCUUGUAGUGAUAAUGAGUUGAAUGGUAUCCACUGUAACUGGGUUUCUUGUUCUUGGUCCCCUAAACGUUGUAGUACUAGUCCACAAAAUCAUCAAAGCACGACAGUGUAAAUUUAGACGUGAAAAUUGCUUUGUUAAGGGUAUUGAGAUAACACUGUUUCUGAUCAUAGAGAUUUGCUUAGAGUUGUGUUAACUGUUUUAACAAUAGAGUGUUAUGCUGUGCCAUCACAUCAGUCACUUUUUGCACCAUUUGCCCUUUUUACCAUGGUACCAAUCAAGCUUUUUCUUAAAGGACCUAAUUUUUUCAGUUUCAUUGAAAGUUUUCUGUGGCAAUCAAUAAUUGGUUUGUACUAUUUAGCUAAGGGGUCCUGCUCUUUUCCCUCUAGAAUACUGUUAAAUGUUAUUCACCUCAGAGACUAGCUUUAGUAGAUGGACCUAUUAACUCUAAUUGCACAAUAUCAAAAUUAUAAAACCUGUCUAUUUUCCCGUUGUAAGUCAUUCUUCUCAUCUUGUGUUCAGCAUCUGUAUUCAAAGUAAAACAAUUUUUUAAUGAAAUGCUGCUGUUGUUGAAACGUGAAGUGCCCAAAAUACAGUAUUUUUGUGAACAAAUGGUGUGCAAUAAAUGGACAAGUGUUGUUUUAAAAUCUUUUAAUUUUGUCUUUGGAAUAAUGUAUUCUAUAAAAAACUGAAUGUAUCAUUUAUAUUGUAUUUAAAUGUGACUUAAACAAGUAAGGACCACGUGAUUUGCGAAACAGGCUUUGGUAUCUAAAUGACUGGUUCUGUUGAGUAUGCUUCUGUCGUUCUGUUUGUACAGAUGCAUGUUCCUAUUGUUCUGUGAAGUAGAGAGCAUGUCAUGAGUUGGCCAAGUUUGAUGCCCCUUCAUUCUGCAUAGCUUUGAUCUGUUCAGCAUGCCCUUUUGUUUUGUUCACUACACAUUUUUAAAUGUUUUUAAGAUACCUUCAUUAUAUACAGGACAUUGACUUUUCAAUGUACACUUGGUGUUGUAAAUGUUUCUCCUGUCUUUAUAUUUCAUUUAAAAGCAGAAAAAUAUUAGAAAAAUAAACUGAUAACCCUUCAUAAUGACAUAUAUAUUUUUAGUGACUUUUGUACUAUAGUUGCUGUUUCAUGGCAUUUCUAAAUAUACUUGUUAAAUGUGAAUAGAUCAACUUCGUCUGGGAAUAUGGGGCCUUGGUAGUUUUGUGACUGUCCUCAGUUUGUAUACAUAUUGUAAAUAUACAGUAUAUACACUCAUACUAUGUUGCAUAUUCUUUAUACUGUAGGCUACUUGAGUACAACCUGCUUUCAGACAGAUGUUGUAUUUUGUGUCUUUGAUACUCUAUUUAAAAUGUAGCUUAGGAAAAAAACUGUAUAAAACAUCCCAGCUCACAAAGAAAUCUGUACACUGUGUAGGGGGAACUGGUGUUUUUGCUGUUGAGUGUUUUAACUGAAUCAUAUUCCACAGUUGCCUGUUUAAAAAUUGACAAGACCACUCUGUAUUUUAGAGUUCAUGGUUGUUCUGAAUCUUUGCUAGUGUUCUGGCUUUUCAGUCCUGUUGUUAUUAUUAAAAAAAGUCAUUUUUGCAAAAGUAAAGUGUAAAUAAAAAACAAAAAUCAUUAGACUAAAACAUGUCUAAAUGUUUUUUCCUCUUUAAUUUUCUAUUCAUGGUCAAGUUCCUGUUGUCCUUUUUGUCUUGUUAUCUAUGGUCUUUCCAUUAACAGUUAAUCAGACCCAAAUUUUCACCAACAGCGCACCAGAUUUGUGUAUCAUGUCAUGUAGAACUCUCUCUAUUCUGAGAGAGACUGGGAACGCUCAGGUCACAGGCUCAAAUCGUGUAUGAGAGGGGUUGGGCGUAAAAACUUGCGAAAAACCAACCUUGCAAAUUAUUCCUUGUGUUGACCCAUGACGGGAUAAAGCCAAAAGGAGGUACCUUUACCUUACAUUUGCUUGCUUCCAAAUGCAACUUAUAAACUCAAAAGCCAAAAAUGUGUUUGCAGAUACAUUUAUGACUUGUUUAUAUUUUGGGUCAAACACAAAUCAAAGCAAUCCUUGGACCUGGGUAAUGUUGCUAGACAUUAAUGUCACUGACAUCUUUAGUGUUUGCAAAUGUAUGCAAGCAUUUAAUAUUUAUUUGUUUUCUUAUGAUUAUUAUGAUUAUUAUUAUUGAUACACAAAACAAGCAAUCACACACUUACAGUAGCUGUUAUCAGCAUUCAGAGAUUUUGUUGUGCAUCUGAAUAAAGAAAAGCUACACUAUGUCUACCUGACAGACAUAGUUAGUGUUUAGUGUUGGUUCCUCCGGGUCUGGUAUGUGUGUUGUAUAGCUACAUGUCAUGUUGCUGGUAUGGCCUGCUCUGCUCUCCUUCUUUUACUCCAGUCAUGUCUGUUAGUUAGGUUAACCUUACACAACUAUUGUAAACCCAACAAAUCCCACAUAUAGCAAACCUUUAAUUGUAUUUAUUACAAUUUGACAGCAAUGUGGACGAAGCCUCCAGCAGAACCAGGCUAAAUGUGGGCAGCCAUCUGCCUUGACUGGAUUCAGUGACGGGAUAGAAAGAGACAAAAGCACAGAAACAACAACAAGCUAAAGCAUUUACAUAGGAAAAUGCACAGGAUGACUUGGCUGAAGAGUUUCCUCUAGAUGUAAGGAACUCCUUAGUCAUUUUCACGUGUUUAUUUUAUUAAACACAGACUUGAGAGCUGCAACAGUCUCAAAACGCUAAACCUAAAGCAAAUGAGAAUAUUUUAAUACAAAAUCAUGCAUCAAUCAUUGCAAUUUCAAUUUUAACACAUUGUAGUGGCUCACAGCAGUUAGUAUCGCCCAUAUGGGAAAACAAACCGUUCUUGUGUUUGUAGUCUUAUAGUUGAAUUUAGGAUUCGAAAAAUUGUAUAACUUUGGUGAAAUUAAUUUAGCAUCUUGUUCAUUUAUGUUUGUAAUGUGUUCUUUUUGUUCUUUUUUGAGUGGUACACCGUGAGUGAGACGAUUGUGUGUGGGAGUGACCAUCAACGAGCAGUGAUUUGUUGGGUGUGUGAAAAACAAAUGUGGCUUGCUUUCUACAAAGGGAGCUCAUCAAGAGGUGCAAUUGUCCUCAGUUGCUUUGUCUGCACAUUUUAAUUUGAUAGUUUAAUUUAAUAAUAAUUUAAUAGAUAUAUGCAGGAUUUAGCUGAAACUUCAGUCAAUUGUCCUUGCCUGCAAGAAAAACUCUAAAGUUGUUUCAUUGUUUGUUGCUAUAGUCUGGAAAGUCUUCCUCCAUAGUUUUUUAUAAAAUAAAAAUUUGUUGAUGAUUUUUUUUACUCUGAGCAAAAGGACAAAGCUGAAGAGCAUUUUGCGAUUAAAAAAACAAUUGAAAUAAAAAACAUUGUAAUUAAGCAUAAAUAUUAAUCUCUUAUGUCAACAUGAAAAGCCUAAUCAAAAAGCUGUUAAUUAUUAAGGGUCACUCCUAUUAACACCACGUUUUGUUAUGGUGCAUUACCCACAAUGCAUUGUGCUAUAAAUUUGCAUAUAUUGUUGAAUGCUGUAAUGUUGACUUAAUUCCUUAAAAACACCCCCAUAACUAUUUGACAGACCAGGUAGUUUAAAAAAGCUUAAUGUCUACACCUACUCUUAUGGAGAAUCGACAAUGCAAUGAACUCAUCAAUAAUUACAUAAAGCUGCUGUUAGCAUUAGGAGUUUGACUUGUAAGUCAAAGUGCUACUGAGAUCAAUCCUUUAUCUGCUGCAGCUGCGCUGUUGUCAUGGAACAGGUACGAACCUCCACUGAUCAGCACAAAGAGCUGGAGUAAGGCUGAUUUCCACCCCAGCUUAACAGACUUGUUACUCCAAAACCAUAGAGGUUAUUGUUGGAAAAAUACUGCAUUUAAUCAUUGAAACAUAUUUUGCUGAAGCCUUGUUAGCUGUGCUAUAGCCUUGAAGUUUUCUCCCUUCUGCUCUGCAAGAAAUAGGGAGUACCAGUGUGUAGCAUCCUUAUCUGAUGUGCCCAAUGCUUGCUUUGUGCAGAGAAUAUUUCCUACGUGUGACUAUGCACCUCCCAGAAUGCAAUACAUAUUAUGAGCUGAAUCCUUGUCUUCUCUUCAGUGAGAGGAAGUUGCCUUUGCUGUAAACUGCUCACUCCUUGCAAGUAAAAUCCUGAAGAAGGUCUUAACUGAUUGUGUCUGCUUUAUUUAAGAUUUACGAAGGGAACUAACAAUUUCCCUAACAUAAUUGGGGGCUCGUCCGGGAUCCCAAGAUCCUCGCUUUGCCGGGACAUCGAGUCGGCGACUGAAGUCUGUGCACAGCCAGGUUUGGAACCUGCAGAAAAUCCUGGGAGGUGAAUUCCUGCCCAGGUCAGACGUCGGCUGGUGGUCCGACGAGGCGAGGUGACGGGAUCCUGAACCAGGGCCAGGACACAGAUCAGGCGAGUAUGAAAAGAGUAAAUCCUAAGGUAUCUUAAAUUCCGUGAGUGGCUCACGAGGUAAAAGAAGACUGGGUCUUCAGAAAAGUUCCGUGACAAGGUCACGAGGUAAAAGAGGACGGGGUCCUCGUAAAAUAGAUUAAUGAUAGUUUGUCUGAUUGAAGCAGCGGCAGAGUGGAAACCUGACGGUGUCAACGUAAACUCUGUGAUCAGCUGGAGUAAAUCAGACUAUAUAAAUAAGUGUUAUUGUUUGUCGGUCUCUAAGUGAAUUUUAACUUCUUAGAGGAAGACUCAGAGACCUUUUGUGUUGUGUGUCUGAUUGAGAUCAAAAUUGAGAGGUUGGUUUGCUCAGACAGCUGUGUCCGCAGGAAACUAGUUCCUGUAGAAGCUUGGCACAGUCGAUGAUCUCUGUGAACGCUGUGACUGAUCGUUGAUCUCAAUCCUCGUAGUGAAGCAAAUUAAAGAACACUAAGGGUGAAAACCUUGAAGGUGAUUCCAAAUACAUGUCUAAAAGACAUUCUCAGUCGACUAUAAUAAUAUAUACAUAACUUACCAUAGUGGAAAAAGAAAUUUGGAUUUGAUGGAAAUUUAAAAAAGUAGAAUUGUGUAAAAAAUUUGAUGGAUAAAAUAACUGUGAUAACUGAAAAAGUUAAAAGAACAAGAUGGGGAAUAUAAUAAAGGGACCAGUUAAAAAUUCAUGCUAUAUGCACAACAAAAUUUUGAAUUAAAAAUAAACACUAAAGGGGUGUAUAAGUAUGGAACAAAUUAAGUGAAGACAUAAAAAAUAUUAAUGAAAAUGCACUAGCACUAAUGGAAAUGAUAGAAAUAUUAUAGAAACUAUAUAAUAGAUAUAAUUUAAUAAUUGUUUUAUAUCAAUAUAAAAAAUAGCCUAUAAUACAAUAAUAAUAUAAUUGAUUGUGUUCUGUAGUGUGCUACCCCCACACUACAGAACACAAGCAGCAGGAAUAAUUGCACUGACAGAGACAUGCAGACUCAGGUCAGAUAGUUACCAUCUAUACUGAUAGCAGAUACGCACAAUGAACUAUUCAUAUAUUUACCAGUCAGUGGGAAAAUAGAGGCAUGAUGACAUCAACGGGACAGACUAUAAUGAAGGUGAUUUAAUGAAAAAUUUGUUAAAAGCGGUACAACUACCAGCAAAAAUAGCCAUUUGAUGCACUGCACUCUCAAAAGUGAAAAAAAAAAAUAAAAAUAAAUAAAUAAAUGGACUCAAAGGACAAACUGCUGAAAAGUUAUUACGAUGUUUGACAAGGGGAACCUGUCCUACCAACAUCCCUCUAUAAAGGAGCAGCAAUAUUGAGACGCGGGCCUUGCCAUGUCUCAACGGGGGGGAUGGUAUGGAUAAAAAACAAACUACUAUACUGCUUAUGCAUUUACAAAUUAUUCUAAAAAAAUGUUGUUCCCGAUGCAUCACUUGCUCUAAAUAUAACCCCUAAACGAAUUAUUUGACAAACAAGAAGAACAUUCCCUAUAGCAGAGUAUCCAUUUCAUUAUUUGCAUAUUGGAUUUUUGUGAAUUAACUAGGUGUCAAUGUAAAAAGUAUCGUUUGACAAUUAUUAACCUUUUUUCCAAAUGGGUAAAGGUGUUCCCCACAACUACUAAUGAUUCACCAGCUGUAGAAAAAACUCUAGUAAAAGAUAUAAUACGAUUUGGGUUACCAGAUCGAAUUUAUAGUGAAAACGGACAACACAGAUUUUUCCUACCUGCUGCUAUCAGACUAUAUAACCAGAACCGUUAACUUCCUAUUGCUACAUUAACUCACCUACUGCAUCAGUGAUUUAUGUAAUAAUCUCCUCUAUGCACCAUUUGUGCAAAUCAGAACAAUAUUUAAAUUUAACAACCCUUCCAAUGCCUUCCAUAUGUCAAAGGUGUUAAAACAUCACAAGAAAUGUUUUUCUGAAAAUGCUUUUCAAGAUGUGCCUUGCCCACAGGAGGGACCACUGCAGGUUGGUGACUGGGUGUUCACCAGAGUCAUAAAGCGCAAGAACUGGACCUCACCCCGGUGGGAAGGCCCGUAUAGAGUGACGCUGACAACACCUACAGCCUGCAAAGUCGAAGGCAUCUCCCGGUGGAUACACAACACACACUGUAAAAGACAACAGGUACAGGCAACCAAGUAGUAUUGUCCGUGAGAAAAAACCCAACCGAGGGAGAGGAAAAGUCUGCCUACAAAGGGGGUCAGCAGCAUUUAGAGCACUGGUCGUCUCAACGGCAGUGAAGAAACCAGCGGUACCUUCUCUCACUUAGGGGACAUUCUCAUAAGGAGAUACUAUGAGGGGACACUGUCCAGCCACGGGAGUUGUACUAACUGCCCUUGUACUGUUGAUUGAUGCUAGGCCACUCCCAAACCUCAGUGAGGAUGAGGAGAAACCUCCUGACCAGUAUCACACUAACACGUGGUAUUGUUAAAUGAAGACAGAGCACUCUUAACUUUACUGGUUCAGUGUGUCUCUUAUUAUGACGGUCCUGAUUUCAUGGGGACUCUCCCACAGUCUGAUAUCAAUUAUGUUUGUGGGCACACAAUCUAUGUGCAUCUUCCACCCAAUUGGGUAGGACGCUGUGCCCCUGUUUAUGUUUCAGAUGGCUCCUACGUGAUAACACCAUAGCAGACGACUUCCAAGGGACGGCUACGGAAGCGAGAGCUUGAUCUGAAGGAAAGUGAUCGGAUCUGGGGAUCAGACGUCCCCAUGGACAAGAAGCUCUGGACUACAGGCCAGAAAGUGGCACUAUCCCAAUUUCCAAGGUUGGGGGUAGGAACAAACAUGCUAAGAGCUGAAACCAUAAAUUACUGAAUGACUCAACAGGCACUCCGUGACCUACAGCACAUAUCCAAUGUGCAGGCGGCUGACGUAAUGAAGGACAAAUCCUGGUUGGUUUAGGUCUGGCACAUGGACUGACAUUAUGAUGAAGAUUUUUGGACCGAUUCUACUGAUUCUUUUGGUUCUGAUGCUGAUAGUGUUGUGCGUAAUUCCCUGUUUGAGGGCCAUGAUCAUCAGGCUGGUGAAUCAAGGCCUUCUCAGGGUGUGCACAGUCAUGCACUCUCAACAAAUACACUAUACAACUUUAAAGCUUGAUAACUGUAAAGUGAACCUCCACGAUGUCGACGGAAAUGGACGCUAAGCUGUAAAUAUUGUGCUUCUGUGCUUUUGACCCUACCUCCGAUGUUCUAACAUUUAUUCCAUGUUUUAUGAUGACUGCACUCAAAAUCAAAAGACGUUGUGCUGUUCUGAUGUAUGCAUGAUUGUUUAAUGAAUGUUUCAAUGUUAAACAGGAGGAAAAUGUUGAAAAAAUACUGCAUUUAAUCAUUGAAACAUAUUUUGCUGAAGCCUUGUUAGCUGUGCUAUAGCCUUGAAGUUUUCUCCCUUCUGCUCUGCAAGAAAUAGGGAGUACCAGUGUGUAGCAUCCUUAUCUGAUGUGCCCAAUGCUUGCUUUGUGCAGAGAAUAUUUCCUACGUACUGUGUGACUAUGCACCUCCCAGAAUGCAAUACAUAUUAUGAGCUGAAUCCUUGUCUUCUCUUCAGUGAGAGGAAGUUGCCUUUGCUGUAAACUGCUCACUCCUUGCAAGUAAAAUCCUGAAGAAGGUC